AUGGCCGCGGCCAAGCAUACAUUCCCUCCUUUUGUCCUGCUUUUAGCAAUGCUCUCCUCCGCUCACCGCUGCAUUGAUUCCAGCACCGAUACUAUCUGGCACACAGUCCGGCUGACUGAGAGGUUUAACAACAAUUUCGGCAAUCUCCUAAACCUCUACGAUGAGAAUGGCAACGAGUAUGACUUAGUUAUUCACGAACUUGACAUGUCGCCUCUUUGGCGCCAUUUCCCUAUUUUCAAUGCUGACCUCGAUGCCCUUACAAUGGCCCUCUAUGUGAUUUUGUCACAGUCGCAUCAGGUCCUCACCGCAUAA